AUGUCAAAAACACAUUUAUGUUUGAGUUCUGUGUUGUUGUUAGCAAUGAUUCAUGUAAGUAGCUUGAGAAGAUUACACGAUCGCCUGCCACGCCAAUGGUUUAACAUAUGUAAAGUGAGGAGCAAAUUGUCAUGCUUAGACCAUGGGACAGAUUCACACGUUGUCGAUGUAAUAAGGAAGGAAAAGCUUACUUGCCUGGUUUGUGAUGUUCAUCCUGAUAAUAUUUGGAACUUUCACGACUUCAGACGUUUUACAGAAAGAUCAGGGAGGGAUUUUGCGAUUUCUGUGCGUUGCCAUGAUGAAGGUAAUAUUACUCUUCCGUUUCCUAUACGCGCGGCAGGACUGCGAUAUAUCUCGGUUACCAAUUGUUUGAUACUUGACUACAUGUCAGAAUAUUUUGACUCUGCCAUCAAUGCAAUCCCCGAUACUUUGGUAUAUAGCAGUAUUAAAAACUCCGUCAUUCUUGUUGAUAUAAUGAAACUAAUAGCAAUGUCAACCAACAUGACUGAUCUUACCAGAGCUGCCAAAUGUGGACCCGAGAAGAACAUCAUUGUCUCCAUUGCGAAAAAUAUUUCGUACACGUUUGGAGAGUUGCCAGAAUCAAUUCUUGACGACGUUUUCGACAAGUUUUUCUCAAGUACAACAUCGAAAUUCAUGUGGGGGCUUCUGACAUCUUCUCAUACAUGUUUCUACUCAAAGCUGAUUGAAAUGGAUCUGAGUGUUUCGAGAACCCGAGGGGCAAAGUUUGACAGUAUCCUAAUUAACAAUGCGCAUUACCCAGCACUAGAGUCAUUGAAAGUUUCUGAUUCUCUACUUAGCAGUAUACCAGAUAAGUUCAAUUACUGGAGAAUGGAUUUCCCUCGGCUGAUGAAUCUUGAUCUGUCUCAUAAUCAUAUUGAAGGAUUUGACGGUGUCUUGGACUACGGAAACCUGUCGAUAGAUUCCAGAAUCGGCACUCUAGACCUUCAACACAACCAUAUAUCUUUUAUCACAUUGCACGAGUUAGAAUCUUUACUACAUCAUAGGUUUGUGAAGGUCGACAUCAGAAACAACCCUUUCAAUUGUGAUUGUAAAAUGCGAGAUUUCAUCGAUUACUUCAGACGACCAAACAAUCUUAUACAAGGAGGAAAUGCAGAGCAGUACGACUACUUAAGACGUCUGAAAUGUCAGGAACCACUUUUCUUAAAAGGUCGAACUAUUGUAGAUUUAAAUCACAGUGAUAUUGGAUGCUGA